AUGGUCAAGGCCGAUCCAAAGCCUUUCCUACCAUUGGCCAACAAUAUUGAUGCAAGAUUCUAUAACAAGGAUAUUGCUCCCCUCACUGUACCCAAACUGAUUAAGAAUGGCCACUCUCCAGUAGUGAUGGCCCAGAAGUUCCUCCAACAGGGCCUAACAUUCUCAUCUGAAGAAUGGGAAAGGCCCCAAAUCUCUUUUGCUCAGUAUCAUGAUUAA